GGUCUCGGGAGGGAGGGGUCUUCUUUUGCCCCCAAAGGACAGCCCUCCUCCCUCCCUCCCUCCCUCCUUCUUGCACCAGGCCCUCACUGUUCUCCUUUUCCUCUGCCCGCAGUACCCAACCUCCCGACGUCCACGUCUUACUCCAAGAAAACGCAGGCCGCCAACGCUGAGAACAAGAGGCCCGAAGAAGAGAGGGAGGCUGGGCGUAGCAAGGCUGGAAGCACCGUCAAAGUGCCCGCCAGCCCCCUGCCCAGCCUGGAGAGGAAGAAAAGCACCCCGAUGCCCUCCACGAACAGCGUUCUCUCGACCAGCACAAAUCGGAGCCGCAAUUCCCCCAUGCUGGACCGCGCCAGCUUGGGCCAGAACUCGAUACAGAACGGCAAAGAUAGGUAAGGAGGAAGAGGAGGAGGAGGUGGGAAGUCAGCCCUGACCACCCCAGAGGUUGCCCCGACCGAGGAAUAAAAGCGUUUGCAUUUUAAACCAGGAAUAAAAGUGUUUCUAUUUAAACCAGGGUUUCAAAGUGUUUCCAUUUUAAACCAGGAACAAAAGUGUUUUUAUUUAAACCAGGGUUUCAAAAUGUUUGCAUUUUAAACCAGGAACAAAAGUGUUUCCAUUUUAAACCAGGAACAAAGGUGUUUCUAUUUUAAACCAGGGUUUUCGACCCUUAGUCACUU